AUGGAACUGAAAAAGCAAUCAAAUACAACAAAACACAAAAUUGGGUUGAUUGUUAGUCCUCGGUUGAAUAUGAGUGGGUUGAUGAGGAAAGCAAACCCUGACGACUUUGACCCAUUUUCAAGGGGAAAGGCUAAGUGGACAGAGCCAAAUUCACCAAUGACAAGGAGUUCUGAUGAAAAGACGAAUAUAAAAAUAAUAAACUCUAGUACAGAUGCUACGCAUCCUCAAAUGGAAACCAACACUCUUGAAUCACCCUUUUCCGCUAAAGUAAAUCAUAAAGUAACCCAGAAUGUAACCGCCACACCCAAAGCUGUCUUUGACGAAGAUGCUAGAUUGGGCCACAUCCAAAGAGACAUGAAUGUCAAUUCUAAUUGCAUCUAUACUGGAGCAAUUGCAUCAAGGCUGGUGAUGACAGAUGAGUCAGCUUCUGAUAAAUCAAUGCGAGUGACACAGGAAGGAGAUCUUGAUCAAUUUAAACCGUUUUCUUGUUUUGCAACUCCACAGUUGGAGCCACAAGCUAAGCUUGUCAGGUCUAAAUUAAAUGAUGUGGUGGAAGCAGGGUCAAUUACACUGCUGGAGAACAACUUGAAGGAUGUAAAGGGAAAUUCUCUGAGAAAAAGGCAAAAGCGGACUUCCUUUUGGAGAAAACAAGGUGAUAAUUUUAAGCCGAAGCUUUCAAUCUCAAAUAUCGAAGAUAAUAACUCCCCCUACUUGAAGGAAACAAUUUCCAAAAAUAAUAGAUUUAGUUUUACCGGGCUGCAAAACUUCAAGGUAUGUACACAUGAAAAUGAAGCUACAACUUUCAGGGGUAGUCAAGUAUUUGUGACUCAAGCACAAGGUCUGUCACAUGAUGAUGACAUGAUAUCGUUCAUCGUUGCAAAGAACCGAUUAUUGGCUGAUAAUAAAAUCCUCGAGGAUAAUACUGCAGAGGCAAUUCCAAAUUUGGAAUUGAGUAAGAGAAUUGGGCUGAAAAAGCCAACUAAAUUGAGGAGAUUGAAUCAAAAGUUGGGGCAAGAGGGAAGCCUGAACGAAUCACCAAAGAAAUACACCUAUGCCACACAAGCCACCAACUCUUGGAACUCAACUUACACCAAUUCCAUUGAGACAUCAACGUUCACUGAUAUUGCCGAUAUCCCAGAAACGCCACACACUCUUGCGCCGCAAGUUUCACUAGCGUCAACAGAUUCAUUGGUCUCACUCUUUCUGCAUUUAAAAGUUUCUGAAACAACUACACAUGAAGCACCAAUUGCAAAGAAAUCCAUACUUCGAACAUAUAUAAGUCGCAUCAAGUAUUUAUCAAAAGUUUUAAAUCGAAAUCACCAUGUUCAGUAUGAUUUUGGACCAAUAAGUUUGCCGAAACUAUAUGAGACAAGUCAAACUGAAUUGAACCAACUUCAAACUCUAGACCCAAGAAGACGCCAUAAUAACACUCAUGAUUCAGGUUGUGGUACAGUAAUAAAUAGAUGUCACAUGACUCUUGCAAAAAGGAACUUCCGGAAACAUAUAUUUAGAAGCUCUGCUUUAGGUAGCAGUGAAUAUCACGAUGAUAGAACCCGGUUAAGAAAGCUUCUUAUGCAGACACCAUCCUUGGAUGCCUCUGUGAAAUUAUUCGAGGAAUAUCUAAAUGUUACAAUCACGUAG